UAAAGUAAAUGUUACCAGGUGAAGUAGUGAGUAGUAAAUAUUUAAUAUUUUAUGUAACGUAAAAUCGAAUAAAAUUUUAUGAAUUUUUUAUACUGUGCGGUGCAGAGAUGAGUAUAUCUUGUAUAAACUAGUUAAUUCAAUAUUGAUAUGAAUGAAAUUCUAUUCAAUAAAAUAUAGAGACGAUUGACGUUUCUGUCAAAUUGCAAAAUUUUAAGAAUAAAAUUAAAAUAAUUACAAAGUAAAAAAUAUAAGUGCACGGAUAGACAUAACACAACUGUAGUUAUUUAUAUAAUAGAACAAUGGCUGGUUUCGCUUUGAGGAUAAAAACAAAAAGUGGCCAACAAGUGGUCAACAGCUUAACGAAAGAAAGCACUAUAAAAGAACUGAAACAAGUGUUGUCUAGUUUGUCUAACAUACCAAUAAAUCGCCUUCACAUUCUCUCAGGGUUUCCUCCAAAAAUUUUAGAUAUCACACAAGACAAUUUAAAUUUAGCAAGUAGUGGUAUAACUUCUGGUGAUACUCUUAUACUAGAAGAGAGAUCUGCACCUGUUCCUGUACCUAAAGAAGUAGAUGUUGAACAAAUUCAAGAAAACAAAACAAGGAAACACGUUGAAGAUCCUUUCGAUUGCCCAGGAAUAUUAAUGAAAAAUGUAGUGCCUGCAGAUAAUUCAUGUUUGUUUACUAGUGUUCAUUUUGUACUUAAUGGCAAAGUUGAUGAAUCAGGAAAUGUAGCUCCUUAUAUGAGACAAUUAGUGGCAGAAACGAUUAGAGCAGCGAAGGAUCAAUACGAUGAGGCAAUACUAGGCAAACCUAUUGACGAAUAUUGUGCAUGGAUUCAGGAUGAUAAGUCGUGGGGUGGAGCCAUAGAAUUAGCCAUACUCUCUAAUUAUUAUGGAAUGGAAAUUGCAGUUGUUGACACAAUAAAUGCUAUAAUCAAUAGAUUUGGAGAGGACCAGAGUUAUCCUCAUAGGGUAUUUCUGAUGUUUGACGGCAUACAUUAUGAUCCCCUGUAUAUGGAAUCUUUAGAUGGAGGGAAAAUACAAACAAUAUUUUCCAGUGAAGAUGAUAGAGUUUUGCGAGAAGCAGAACAAUUAGCACAAGAAGCAAAGUCGAGCAGACAAUUUACGGACGUUGACAAAUUUUCAUUGAAGUGUAUGAUCUGCAAUAUUUUGUUGAAAGGACAAGUUGCAGCGCAGCAACAUGCACAAACCACUGGUCACGCCAAUUUUGGAGAAGUUUAGUAGUACCUAUGAUUACAUUUUUCAUAUAUUAGGUUGAACUGAAUAUACCUCAUUUGUAAAAAUGCAAUUAGCGCUAUUAUUGUGUUCGAGAUAUUUAUGGACUUUAUACGGCUUUACCAUAAUGAUAGAGUAAAGGUAAUUAUAUAAAAAUUUGAUAAUUGCUGGCUAUUAUUCUGAUCAGAACAAUUUACACAUGAAUAUUUUCCA